ACUGAAAUAGGGUCUUCUCUGCACUGAGUGUGGUCGAGUACUUAAAAUCUGCAAACAUUAUUUUCAUCAAUGGAUACUAAUGUUAGCCCGCUAUGAAUCUUAUUGGCCUCUCACUUCCCGUUGAAAACGUCCAAUAACUUGCUUCCAAACACUUAGAAGCCCUCCCAAACCGAUACAUUCGACCUGAAACUGAAACUGAUGAAGUCGCAGUUAACGAAUCAUCACCAAUUCCAGUUAUUGAUAGAGCAAACUUGAAGCUGGAAACAUUGGAUAUGAAACUGAAAUGUUAAAACUUCACCAGGCUUGCAAGGACUGGGGGUUCUUCCAGUUAACCGAGACAGAUCUUUUUUUUUUUUUUGGAAGUCUAUAUUUUGUUCAUUUAGUGUUUGUAUGAUGGAGUUAAGGAUCUAUACUCAUUCAUGAUUGAAUUCUUGAGACAGUUGAUUAAUCAUGGAGCAACGACAGAAAUCGAAACUAUGAAGGUGGCUGUUCAGGGGUUCUUUAAGCUGCCAUUAGAAGAGAAGAUGGUGUAUGAACAACUUCCAGGUGGACUUGAAGGAUAUGGUCACGCAUUUGUUCUGUCGGAUGAUCAAAAGCUCGACUGGAAUGACAUUCUCGCUAUUUACGCUCAGCCAAUCUCUGAGAGGAAUAUGAAAUUCUGGCCGAACAAUCCUACAUCCUUCAGAUCAACCUUGGAGAACUACUCGCGCGAGUUGCAUAGAAUAUGUAUCAUCCUUUGUGAAUUGAUGGCUAGAAAUCUUGGGGUGGAUUUUAAAGAAUUUUCGGGCAUGUAUAAGGAAAUAGCACAGACGAUAACAAUGAAUUAUUACCCACCUUGCUCCCAACCUGACAAGGUUAUAGGUAUCUCUCCACAUACGGAUGGAAAUCUGUUAACCUGAUUGGUUCAAGUUGGUGAAGUGGAAGGUCUCCAAAUCAAGAAAAAUGGUAAAUGGGUACCUGUUAAACCUCUUCCUGAAGCCAUCAUUGUCAAUACUGGUGAUGCUUUGGAGACAAUGAGCAAUGGGGAGUAUGCAACCAUUGAGCACAGAGCAGGGUGAAUUCGGAGAAGGAAAGGAUAUCCAUUGCUGCAUUUCACAAUCCAAGUGGAGCAGCAAACAUCAGUCCCUUGCCGG